AUACGCUAUGGUAUCUGCCUUCGAUUCAUUACCCUGCUCGAGCAAAUCUUUAAUUGCAAUUAAUGUUUCUAAAGGGUAUUCUUCGUAAUUCCACUUAAGGGAUGAUGUACCUGUACGCCUGCUGAGAAUGCACUGGCACUAGAAAACGAAUUUGAAGUUUUUUUCCUGUGUAUAAUGCAUUAAGGAAAACGUCAAUGCAAUGGACAAAACUGACAUUUCAGUGAAACGUCAGUUUUUGGUGUUGGUGCACCUAGACCUUAAAGGAGCUCCACCUAAAGUCAGUUAUCUAGCAGAGAUAUUUCCCUUGUUUGCCCAACUUGGUGCCAGUGGUAUUCUCAUAGAGUAUGAGGAUAUGUUUCCAUAUGGAGGAAAGCUUGAGGUCUUGAAAUCAAAAUAUGCAUAUAGCCCAUCUGAGAUUAAAAGUAUUUUACAUUUGGCAAAAUCAAACGGUCUGGAAGUGAUUCCUUUGGUGCAAACAUUUGGGCACAUGGAGUUUGUGCUAAAGCAUGGUGAGUUUUCCCAUCUUCGUGAAGUGGAAAAUUUUCCAAAUGCCCUGAAUCCACACAAAGUAGGAUCAUUGGAACUCGUCCAUUUAAUGAUUGACCAAGUCAUGGCUUUACAUGAAGAUGUGAAGUGGUUUCACAUUGGAUGUGAUGAGGUCUUUUUCCUUGGAGAAGGUGAGGAAUCUAAAAUGUGCCUUAAACAAGGUCAGAAUCAUGUUGACAGACUGUUCCUGUCCCAUGUAAAAGCUGUUGCACAGCACAUAGUUACUGCCUAUCAAGGUGUGAAACCUAUUAUAUGGGAUGAUAUGCUCAGAGACUCUCCUGAAGAUCAUAUUAAAGAGUCUGAUGUUGCCCUAUUGGUCGAACCAAUGAUAUGGGAUUAUUCUCCAGAGUUUGAUAUAAAUGGUAAAGUUUCUCUUGCAGAGAAGUACCAGAAGUGUGGCUUUAACAAGAUUUGGUUUGCAAGUGCAUUCAAAGGAGCAACUGGAGCAAAUCAGCAGCUAACUCACGUCAGACAUCACUUAGAAAAUCAGUUCUUGUGGCUACAAGUUGCAAAAGCUUUUCCCGGAGAUUUGGUUCAAGGCAUCACAUUGACUGGUUGGCAGAGGUAUGAUCAUUACUCUGUUCUCUGUGAGUUGCUCCCAGUGGGAAUGCCAUGCCUUGCAGUGUGUCUUCAAGCAGUUGCCCAUGGGCAAUUUUCUGAAAAAGAAGAUGAAACAGUGAAAAAAUGCCUUGGGCUGUCAAGCUUGGAUACUAACUCAGUUGUAAGCGAUGAUUUUGGGACAUUUCCUGGUAAUGAUAUUCUUAGACUCGUAACUGAGGCAGCCUUUCAAUUGGCAGCAUCGACAGAGAGCCUUUUAAAAGGAAACCGGUAUGUUACAGGAUGGUUCAGCCCCUACCACAGAAAACAUAAGUUUGUUAAUCCCAUGAUGGUCCAGUAUUUUGAGAAUGAAUGCAGAAGCCUGCUGUCAAAGUGGGAGCAACAUGCAGAACAGCUCAGAAGUGCUAUGGAAAAUAUCUAUUACCCAAACACCAUGGAAGAGUGGUUUGAUGAGUACUUCAAUCCAUUCCUUACCAAACUACAGCAGCUAGUGUUUGACUUGGACCAUGUUUCAAACACUUAGUCCUAGGAUUCAUCAUUGCUGCUUUCUGUACUUAUAUUUUUGUUACUUAUGACUGCUCUUACUUGAGGCAUGGUUCAAAAAUAUUUUGAAGCCCCAUAAAAUGCAUUGCACACAGUGAUUUACAGCGGUUUUACUCUGUGAAGCAAUGUGGUAUAUUAAUGAGAUAUUUCUUCAGACUUUUUUUUACCUGCCAUGCUAAAACAGAAGAAACCUCUUACAAUUCAUAAUACUGCAAACCAUAAAUUAAGUAAAUGCCUGUGAUGAUAAUCUAAUCUUCCGAAGUCACUUAAAGCAAGGAUUAUGCUGACCUGGCACCUAAACAAAUUUUGAUUUUUAAAAGGAGAAACGUAUUUAUCAUGGUGUGUAUUAAGAUCACAAAAUAAAUUGUGCUGUGUUUUACUGCA